GGAAACGAACAUUCCAGACAGUUGCGCAAAGGGCCAUCAUCUGAAGAAAAGAACAGUCUGAGAAAAGUCCAGCUCUGUAGGUUCCGUUAACUCAAAUUCCCUAGCAUUAUGUAACAGCAGCAGUCACUCUCCAAACGAAGGUGUUAAAAAUGAAAAAGUAGAGUCGUGAAACGGGAAAAAAAAACAAUCAGAAAAGAAAGAAACAAAAAAAAGAUGAUUUUCUUGAUAGACUUUGUAUUUCUCAAACCAAACAGAAGGUAAAAGAAAAUGCCGAACACUAGCUUGACAAUGCCGUCAGAAAAUGAGUCAAAUACGAACAACGCUCUCAGCGAACAUAGUAUACCUGUUUCUAAUUCUGAUCUUUACCUGGGUGAAAAUCCUCCUUACAAAGUGAGCGAUAAUGUUUCUGAGGUAAUCCAGCAAUUGAUGCACAAUGUCAAUGAUGAAGAUCAUCAAGCUCACCAUAUUUUCUGUGAAAUGGAUGUUCUACACAGAGAAGGAGAAGCCAUUGAAUGGAAGGAAAGUGCCAGAUGGGUGAAAUAUGAAGAAGAUGUGGAAGAUGGUGGUGAGCGCUGGUCAAAACCUCAUGUAGCAUCUCUGUCAAUGCAUGCAUUGUUCAGUCUGAAGAAAAGUAUCAUAGAUGGUGCUGUCCUUUUGGAUAUUGAUGCCAGUGACAUUUCUUCUGUGAUUGAUCAAGUUAUCACUACUUGGCAGCAACAUUCUGGCAUGACAAAAAGCAAUGAGAGAGAGAGAGCACGAGAUGUACUACUAAAGCAACACAAACACCUGUAUGCCAAGAGACGUUACAAAGCCAACCUUGAGAAACUUCGCUCUGUUCGGAGUCUUUAUGACUUGCAUCAUUCUCAUGUGGAAUCCAAAAGUUUGGAUAAUUUAAAGUCUGUGAGCAGCAACCAGAGUUUAGACAGUGGGGUGACCAGUGGAGAAUCUGGUGAAUUACAUCCAAACAAAGGAAACCUACAUUUUAUGCGAAAGAUUCCUAAAGAUGCUGAAGUUGCCAAUAUGAUGGUUGGAGAACUAGAAUCCCUUUCUAAGCAAUAUUUAGCUUUUGUCAGGCUCCAUAAAUCCCGGAUUAUUGGAGAAUUGACAGAGGUUACACUACCAACCAAAUUUCUUUUUAUCUUGCUGUCUCCAGUUGGACAUAAGCAUGAAGUGCAAGAAAUUGGAAGAAGUAUGUCCACAAUGAUGGUCGAUGAGAUAUUCCGUGAAGUUGCAUACAAAUGUCGCAAUAAAUCUGAACUAGUGGCAGGAAUUGAAGAAUUUAUGGUACAAGGAACUGUUUUGCCACCCGGUGGCUGGGAUCCUAAAAUCAGAAUUGAACCUCCAUUACGAGUGCCUUCUCAGCAAAUGCGCCGAAAUUCAUCAGCUUCAUCUCUUAAAGAAGUGGAAGAAGUAGAAGAAGACCAUUUCGAUCCAACUCUUGUAAGAUCUGGCAGGAUUUUUGGCGGCUUAAUUAAUGACUUUAAACGAAAAUUACCUUGGUAUGCCAGUGAUUUCAAAGAUUGUCUUCAUGUCCAAUGUUUGGCUUCAGUGAUUUUCUUAUUUUUGGCAACGUUUACUCAAAAUGUCACUUUUGGUGGAAUCCUUGGCAGCAAAACCAAGGGCUACAUGGGGACAAUGGAAUGUAUUUUGACAGCAGCUCUCUCUGGUGUGGUAUUUGCCUUAUUUUCAGGUCAGCCUUUAAACAUUCUAGGCAGCACAGGACCAAUGUUGGUACUUGAAACUAUUAUUUACCAAUUCUGUCAAGAUAAUGACUGGGAUUUCAUGCCGCUCCGUUUCUGGGUGGGCAUGUGGACUGUGCUGAUCUUAUUGAUUGUUGUUGCUUUUGAUAUGAGUGCAUUAGUAAAAUACAUAACCCGCUUCACAGAAGAGAGCUUUGCUUGUUUAAUUGCCAUCAUCUUCAUUGUUGAAGCAUUUGAUAAACUUGCUGAUAUCGGUAUAAAAAUUGCACCAAUGAAUGUCAACCCAGAUGUUCCUAUAUCUAACAACUGUAGCUGCUUUCAAAAUAGUUCACUUGCUGUGGCAAAUUCUAAUAAUGAAACUGCUUGUAACCUUAUAAAUGGAACGCUGAAAGGGGAUGGAUGCAAUCCUCCUUCAUACAAAGACAAUGUUUUCUUGAUGAGUAUUUUACUGUUUCUGGGAACCUUCACUAUCUCUAUGGCACUAAAAAUGUUUCGUGCCGGAACAUGUUUUCCAACAAUUGUACGACAAAUUACCAGUGACUUUGCUGUGUUCAUCGCAAUUAUAGUGAUGUCUGGCAUAGAUGCCGCAGUUGGUCUGGACACACCAAAAUUAACAGUUCCUACAAAGUUCCAACCAACUGACCCAUCAAAGCGUGACUGGGUCAUCAACCCAAUUAGUAGCAAGAAUCCAUGGUGGUUAUAUAUUGCAGCCUGCUUACCAGCAAUGUUGGCUUCAAUUCUGGUAUUUUUAGAUCAGCAAAUAACAAGUGUGAUUGUUAACCGUAAAGAAAAUAAGCUUGUGAAAGGUGGUGGUUAUCAUCUUGAUAUGUUGGUGGUAGCAGUUUUGAUUGGUCUCUGUUCUUUGUUUGGUUUACCUUGGUAUGUUGCUGCUACAGUGUCUGCUCUGGCACACAUAAUGAGUUUGAAGAGAGAAUCAGAGUGUAAUGCUCCUGGGGAAAGACCAGUUUUCUUGGGUGUUCGGGAACAAAGAGUAACAGCAAUUUGUGUUGGCAUCUUAAGUGGUCUGUCUGUCCUGCUCACAUCAAUUCUCAAGAUUAUUCCUAUGCCAGUAUUAUAUGGUGUAUUCUUGUAUAUGGGUGUAGUAGCUCUCUCUGGUAUGCAAUUGAUGACUAGCACCUCCUGA